AUGGGGAAGAAUGCUGUCUUAUAUCCUCGCAUCUCCAAAAAGCCUCCAUUCAGCGUCGAGGCUUCGGGCUAUGAGCCUGUAAAGGGAGAAACGAUCCCGCGCCGCCAUCCCUCCGCGAAAGAUGAGUUGAUUACGACCGUAGACCCCGAGAUUGCGACGGUGUACGACAAUCUCAGAUGGAGUGUCAAGAAGUAUGGCAACAAGAAAGCUGUUGGCUCCCGAACUCUCAUUCGGACCCACGUCGAGACCAAGAAAGUGAAGAAGCUGGUGGAUGGCGUUGAGAAGGAGGUUGAUAAAGAAUGGACGUAUUUUGAGUUCAGUGGAUAUGAGUAUAUGACUUUCAAUGAGUACGAGGCUUUGGCACUGCAGCUGGGUGCCGGUUUGCGAAAGAUUGGCCAUGAGAAAGGCAGUCGUAUUCAUUUGUUCAGCGCCACCAGUGCCCACUGGUUAGCUCUAUCCCAUGGUGCUGCAUCGCAGUCAAUCACGAUCGUUACAGCUUAUGAUUCCUUGGGUGAAGAGGGUGUCAAGCACUCCCUUGUCCAAACUCAGAGUUCCACCAUUUUCCUCGAUCCCGGCCUUCUUCCCGUUUUAAUGACAGUUUUGAAGGACGCAACGAAUCUCAAGAAUGUUGUCUAUGAUACUUCCGCCGAGGUCAAGCAGAACGACCUUGACAAGCUCAGAACCGAAUUUAGCCACAUCAAUGUGAUGUCCUUCGAGGAUUUGAGAAAGCUUGGAAUAGAGAAUCCCGUAGACCCGGUGCCUCCUUCUCCAGAAGAUCUUUGCUGCAUUAUGUACACCUCUGGGUCAACCGGCCCUCCCAAGGGCGUUUCCUUGAAACACAAGAACGUUAUCGCAGGCAUGGCCGGCGCUAAUGCAGUAGUUGGCGAACACAUUAGUCCCAGUGAUGUUCUUCUUACAUAUCUCCCACAAGCUCAUAUUUUGGAGUUUCUUUUCGAAAACAUCUGUUUGUUCUGGGGCGGUACUAUGGGUUAUGGAAGCCCCAAGACCCUCUCGGACGCGUCUAUGCGGAAUUGCAAAGGCGACAUCAAGGAAUUGAAACCUACGAUCCUCGUCGGCGUGCCUAUGGUUUGGGAAAGUGUCAAGAAGGGCAUUCUCGCCAACGUCAACAAGAGCAGCGCGAUUAUCAAAGGGCUAUUUUGGGGAGGCCUUGCCACAAAGUCAUUUCUGAUGUCUACAGGCCUUCCUGGCGCUGGCAUACUAGACGCUGUUGUUUUCAAAAAAUUGAAGGAGGCCACUGGAGGUAGACUUCGCAUCAUGCUCAGCGGUGGCGGCCCCAUCUCCAAAGAAACUCAACGUUUCCUCUCUAUGGCGAUCUGCCCAAUGAUCAACGGGUAUGGUCUGACGGAAACCUCAGCUAUGGGCGGAUUGAACGAUCCGAUGGCCUGGAACCCCGAUGCGAUUGGUGAAAUCCCCGCUGCAAUUGAAAUCAAGCUGGUAGAUUUUGCCGAAGCUGGCUACUUUACCGACCGUACCCCACCACAGGGUGAGAUCUGGAUCCGUGGGGGAAGUGUCGCAGAAGGCUAUUACGACAACGAGCAGGAGACAAAGGCCGCAUUUACUGAUGAUGGCUGGUUCAUGACUGGUGAUAUUGGUGAGCUCGAUAAAUAUGGCCACAUCAAAGUCAUCGACCGGAAGAAAAACCUCGUCAAAUCUUUGAACGGAGAAUAUAUCGCUCUGGAGAAGCUUGAGUCGAUCUAUCGUUCUGCUCAUAUUGUUGCAAAUAUCUGCAUUUAUGCCGCUCCAGAUCAAUCCAAGCCUGUCGCUAUCAUCGUGCCCGCUGAACCGGCUUUGCACCAGAUGGCGAAGCAGAAUGGAAUCGAAGGAGACAGUAUUGGCACCCUCGUGCACAACCCCAAGCUGAACUCUAUCAUUUUGAAGGAAAUGCAACAGGCUGGUAGAGCCGGUGGCCUUAAGCCAUUUGAAAUUAUUGAGGGCGUUGUUCUCUCUGAUGAAGAAUGGACCCCUCAGAAUGGCUUCACCACUGCCGCCCAGAAAUUGCAGCGAAAGAAGAUUAUCAACAAAUUCCAAAAGGAAGUUGACGCAGCCUAUGGCAAGGCCUAA